CAGGGCGUAAUCACCGUUUCGAUGGAGUCUUUUAGCAUAAAUGCUAUCUUGGGAACACCAACACGCAAACGACAAGACACAAACGCUGUUUUGCAAGAAUCAAAUUAUGGAGAUGACCCUGGAAUUCAAAGGGAAAUAAAAGGUUUGUGAUAAUUCGACAUUCUAUGAAACAUCAUGCCGGACCGACAAGCCAAUGAAGGAUCAUAACGUGCAAUUGCCAUGCCCAAAUGUGUUCUGUUGUGUAGAAAAACUUCCUUUGUGUUUUUGUAAAGACGUUUACAGUUUUACGUCAAACUGGGGUUCUUUUCUCUGAAUUCAGCAUACAAUAGAUUCUUUUAUUUCGAACAAAGGAAAUGUUUAAAAUUUUUUCAGCAUCAUUUUGCUCUUCAUAAACAAAUUAAAAACAAUUUUCCUUGAUCUUCCAUUUACAGAGCACCAGGGCAAGGCUGACAUAGUUAAGGGCGAAGAUGAUUUCGUUAAAGAGGCAGGAUCAAUUCCAAGACAAGAAAUCCAUAUGAAUAAGGCAAGAAGAAGACGAACGGCAUUUACGAGCAGUCAGUUGAAAUCUUUAGAGCAAAAGUUUCGGGAAAAAAAAUACCUGACGAUAACAGAAAGAAACAAUUUGGCCUCGAGCCUCCAUCUAACAGACACUCAAGUAAAAACAUGGUUUCAGAACAGGAGAACAAAAUGGAAAAAGCAAAUGGCGCCUGAAUUUGAGGCAAGCUUGCGCUGGGAAGAAAUAAACCCCAUGCUUUGUCCGAUACAAACUCUGUUUUCUUAUUAUGGACAAUUGCCGCCACCAAUUCCUUACCGCUUGCCGAAUGUUUUCCCAAAUUUUUGUCCUUCAUCUAACCUACAAGUUGUCCCAUCAAACAUGUCUUUACAUACAUUUGUAGCACCAGCUCACCCGCUUAAUUGA